CUAACCAGCCCUGGGUUCCAGGUUUCAGACCCGGGAAAGUGACAGAAGCUGUACCUAGGAAGAGACCCAGAGAGAUCGCUGCGACCCGGCAGCCACCCAGUCUUGGGGGGAGCAUUGAGCUCCCCCACCCCCGGUUCCCACCCGGCCCGGGGGGCUCCUCCAGCAUCGGCCCCACCCCCGGGGUCCCUAUGGAAGCCAGCUGCGCCCCGGGAGGAGCUGGAGGAGGAGUCGGCUGAAUGCCCACGGUGCGUUCGGCGCCGCUGCCCUAAGGGCCCCCAGCGCCCCCGACCCGCGCCACCCCCGCCGCUCCUCCCCCGGGGCUCGCCGGGACCUGCCCCCCGGGCCGCCUGCCCGGCCCAGCCGCAGCUCGGUGCGGGGAUCGCCGCCGCCCUGGAGUGAGGGAAGCGCAGCCCGAAGGGGGUCUCCUGGAACCCGGCGCGAUGGACGCCGUCUUGGAACCCUUCCCGGCCGACAGGCUGUUCCCGGGAUCCAGCUUCCUGGACUUGGGAGACCUGAACGAGUCGGAUUUCCUCAACAAUGCGCACUUCCCAGAGCACCUGGACCACUUUGUGGAGAACAUGGAGGACUUCUCCAAUGACCUGUUCAGCAGCUUCUUUGAUGACCCUGUGCUGGAUGAGAAGAGCCCUCUGCUGGACAUGGAACUGGACUCCCCUGCUCCAGGCAUCCAGGCUGAGCACAGCUACUCCCUGAGUGGGGAUUCUGCACCCCAGAGUCCCCUUGUACCCAUCAAGAUGGAGGACACCACCCAAGAUGUAGAACGUGGCGCGUGGGCACUGGGACACAAACUGUGCUCCGUUAUGGUGAAGCAGGAGCAAAGCCCGGAGCUACCCGUUGACCCUCUGGCUGCCUCCUCUGCCAUGGCUGCUGCUGCCGCCAUGGCCACACCACCACUGCUGGGCCUCAGCCCCAUCUCCAGGCUGCCCAUCCCUCACCAGGCCCCUGGAGAAAUGACUCAGCUGCCAGUGAUCAAAGCAGAGCCCCCAGAAGUGAGCCAGUUCCUCAAAGUGACACCAGAGGACCUCGUACAGAUGCCUCCAACACCCCCCAGCAGCCAUGGCAGUGACAGUGACGGCUCCCAGAGUCCCCGCUCUCUGCCCCCUUCCAGCCCUGUCCGGCCCAUGGCCCGCUCCUCCACGGCCAUUUCCACCUCUCCGCUCCUCACUGCCCCUCACAAACUACAGGGGACAUCAGGGCCACUGCUCUUGACAGAAGAGGAGAAGCGAACCUUGAUCGCCGAGGGUUACCCCAUCCCCACCAAACUCCCCCUCACCAAGGCUGAGGAGAAGGCCUUGAAGAGGGUACGCAGGAAAAUUAAGAACAAGAUCUCGGCCCAGGAGAGCCGCCGCAAGAAGAAGGAGUAUGUGGAAUGUCUAGAAAAGAAGGUGGAGACAUAUACAUCAGAGAACACUGAGCUGUGGAAAAAGGUGGAGACCCUAGAGAAUGCCAACAGGACCCUGCUCCAGCAGCUGCAGAAACUCCAGACUCUGGUCACCAGCAAGAUCUCCAGACCUUACAAGAUGGCGGCCACUCAGACCGGCACUUGCCUCAUGGUGGCAGCCUUGUGCUUUGUUCUGGUGCUGGGCUCCCUGGCGCCCAGCCUUCCUGCCUUCUCUUCCGGCUCAAAGACUGUGAAGGAAGACCCUAUUGCAGCUGACAGCGUCUACACAGCCAGUCAGAUGCCCUCCCGAAGCCUACUGUUCUAUGAUGACGGGACAGGUUCAUGGGAAGAUGGCCGAGGUGCCCUACUUCCUGUGGAGCCCCCAGAAGGCUGGGAGCUCAAACCCGGGGGGCCAGUAGAGCCGAGGCCCCAGGACCACCUCCGACAUGACUAUGUGGACAGCACCCAUGAGACCACCAAGUACUUGAGUGAGACCUGGCCAGAGGACACUAAUAACAAUGGCACCAGCCCCAACUUCUCCCACCCCAAGGAGUGGUUCCAUGACAGGGAUCUGGGCCCCAACACCACCAUCAAACUCUCCUAGGCCACUCCGAGACCCAGGACACAGGACGGACACCCUGGCACCCAGAAGAGGCGUUCUCUUGCUCACUGACCCAGAUCCAGCUCCCACCCCUGCCCUGGGGCCCUCUGCCCCAGGAGAAAGGGUCUUUCUUCACCUCAGCCACCCCAGUCCCUGCUGUGGCUGGGGCCCCUCUCUGUCCCCGGACAUUUGGACUGCUCCCCUGGGCCAACCGCUCUGUUCCCACAUCUCCCUCCCACCGUUUUCCGUCCUUCUCCAACAAACCACUCACUGGGCCACUCUGUUUCCUUUCCCAUAGUGACCAACGCGACCACUGUUCCUGGCCCCUCACACACACACAAACACACAAACAUACAUGCAAACAUGUGCCCACACAAUCACACACCCCCAUCUCCUUCUGUACAGAGACCAAGAACAGAAAUUGUUUGUAAAUAAUGAACCUUAUUUUUUAUUGUUCCCAAUCCCCUAAGAUAUUGUAUUUUACAGAUCUUCCUCCCGUCGCCUCUCCCUUAUUUUGUAUUUUUUGAAGUUAGUGCGGGCUUUGCUACCCCUUGGCUGGGAACAGAGGGACACCCCACCCUCACCUGGCUUCCCCAUGCCGCUGCCCAAGCUGCUGGGCCUUUUUAAUUGCCAAACUGCUCUCUCCAUCAGCUCAGCACACGCUUUAAGAAAGCAAAAUUAAAAAAAAAAAAAAAAGAUUCAGCAUCAAUCCUGACUUU